ACAUGAGGGUGAGAUCUGUUGUUUCCAUUCUUGGUGUGAAGAUGCAUUUAAAUAAAUAUAGGUAUGAAAGUCCAUGUAAGUCCCUUUCAAGGGGAAGGUGUACAAGACCGUGGUGAGACCGGCCAUGCUGUAUGGUUUAGAGACAGGAAGAGACAGGAGUCAGAGUUGGAGGUAGCAGAGCUGAAGAUGUUGAGGUUCUCUUUGGGAGUGACAAGGUUGGACAGAAUUAGGAACGAGUACAUCAGAGGGACAGCUCAUGUUGGAUGAUUGGGGGACAAAGUUAGAGAGGCCAGAUUAAGAUGGUUUGGACAUGUUCAGAGGAGAGAGAGUGAGUAUAUUGGUAGGAGAAUGUUGGACAUGGAGCUGCCAGGCAGGAGGCAAAGAGGAGGUAUAUGGAUGUAAUAAAUGAGGAUAUGAAGCUAGUGGAUGCAAGUGUUGAGGAUGCAGAAGAUAGGGAUAGGUGGAGAGAGAUGUAUGUUUUGAAAUUGUGUUUGUUGACUGGUGGAGAGUACGAACUGGAAAAAUAUCUUACGUCAAGUGUGUCGUGGGACUCUUUCAUACGUCAACAUAAUUCAAUUAUGCAAAAAUGCAUUAGCCUGUUUUUCUUUGCAAAUUCCAGCAUGGCCUUUUCAAUCUGUUUAUCAAAUCUGACACAAAGAAACAGCCCAGACACAAUUUCAAGGGAAUGAACUCUUGAAAAAACAAAUGUCUACAGUUGUCAUCUGAUGGGAAGUCAAGCAGUUCUUUCACUUUAAUUGUUAUAUAGCUUGAACAUUGAGUUGUUUUGUGAGAAUUUUUUGUGGACACAUUUGACAGGCAUUGACUGAACAAGUCCCUCCCUUCAGUGCUAUGAUAAUUAGGGUCAGAUUUUAACCUUCAGAAGGCAUAGUCCAUGAAGCCUUCUGAGUUACUCUCUGUGAAAUUGUUGCAGUGACAUCUCUGUGGUAUCUCUGACCUCAUCUAAAUAUUUAUCAUGAGGUUGUCUCCAGUUUCACGAUAUCUGCUGGUGUUCAUAUCAGUUUUGUCACUAAGCAGGGUGACAAAUGCACAGACAGCGCCGGCGGUAUUCUAUCCAUUCGGCUCCGUGGCAGGAGACACUGUUAAUAUUUCUGUUGAGGAUGAAAACUCCACUCUUGUCGACCUGUGGAGACCUUUUGUGUUCUUUGGCCGCACAUACAACAAGACUUAUGUUAAUAGUAAUGGGUACCUUACAUUCAAUCAGUCUUCAUCAGAGUUCUUCAUUCAGAACUUUCCCAUCAAUGGAAGUGAAGACAUCAUUGCUCCCCUCUGGACAGACGUUGACGUCAGUAUGAAUGGCAUCAUCUCAUAUCAGCAGUACUCAUAUGGAAGUGUGCUUACCCAAGCCACUCGGGAUAUAAACCAGUAUUUCCCUGAUCUGAGCUUCACGGCUACUUGGGUCCUUGUUGCAACUUGGGACAGAGUUGCGUACUAUUAUCACUCUGGCACGGAAACAUCAUUUCAAGUGGUUUUAAUUUCGGGAGGUGAUUUGUCUUUUAUUCUCAUGAAUUAUGGUGAUUGUGCUGUGACGUAUAAUGCGGUGCAGGCUGGUUAUGACACAGUAAACUCCACGGCCUACUUUGUGAUUCCUGGAUCAACCAAUGGGAGCGUUAUUCCAAACCUUAUGAACUCCAGUAAUGUAAGUGUUCCAGGUCGAUGGGCCUUCAGGGUGGACGGUGGACCACAUCAAAAUAAUCUACCAGAAAAUAUCAUAGGAGUUCAAAUGAGAGUCACAUCAUUUUCAGAUCUAACAGAGAAUGGAAACAUUGAGAUUUUUUUAGAGAAACUACAACAGGAGCUGGUUGAGUCCGGCCUGCCGAGCAGCGUGAAGCUGAACUUAAGAAAAAUCCAAAAGACACAGCCGUAAUAUCGUAAUAUGUAAUAUGUAACUCAUACAAGGAAAGAAAUUCAGAGACUGGUUCAUUAAAUCUCUUAAAUUAAAUAUCCCUGUCAUUAAAAUAUACCUCAUACAGGGAAGCUAACCAGCAAUUCUAGCCAUUGAGGAUGGAAAUGCUGUCAUUCCAGUUUUAAGUUCUUUGCACAAUGUUUUCUGUCAGCUUUGACAUAUUCAUAGUCAAAUCGCAUUCAUUUCUCAAAAAAAAUUCACAGAUGAGGAAUGUCACUCUUCAAGAAGGUGAAUGUUUGCACGAGGUGUGACAGCGGUUUAAUCGGUCUAUCUGCAGUGUCAAUAGUGGUAAACCUGUAUUCCUCUAUGGCUCCGAAUGCUGGUAUCCAUAUCGUAAUUGUCUAUUGGGGAGACAAGGCUAGCUGUCACAUUUUUACUCCAGUGAAUCUGAAUGUAAUGCUAUUAUUUCUACCUUUAUUGCUCAGGAAAAAAAGAUGUAGUCAACUAAAGAAACAUUGAGCUUUUGUGACAACAUGCCUCGACAGAGUGCAAAAGUGCAGAAAAAGAUUGUAUUGAGUAAAAAAAAAAAUUGUAAAAUUUUUCUUCACCCACUUUUGUAUGUUCGAUGCAAAACUAAACAUGCAAACAGUCCUGUUUAAUUCAGUGAGGCAUAAAAAAAUGAAUGCAUGUUUGAAGAUAUGGGAGAAUAGGGAUUUAGUAAUAGGCCUAUUGUUAUUUGGAGAUAUUAUUUAUUGAAGUAUUUGGCUAUUUAGCUCUAGCUUUUCAUUUCUUCAUCAAAAAAGGUUGAUGUUAUAUUCUGAGGUGUGUAACAACUAUAACAGUAAAUAAAAAAUCUGUAUAAUAUGAGUUAAAUCAAAUGUUCCUUGGCUCACCACAAGGGGGAGACAGAUGCUUGUUGAGAGUUAGUGAAAUACCAGCAUGCUACAUAAAAUGCUAAAACUUUGCUUUGCAAACAAAUUGUUUGUGAUUUUAUUAGAUUACAGGAUUAGUUCACUUUCAAAUGAAAAUGACCCCAAGCUUUACUCACCCUCAAUCCAUCCUAGGUGUAUAUGACUUUCCUC